AUGGCUCACAACACCCGCUUUGAAACCAUGGCUUCUCGCUUCUCACCCUCUCGUCUGCGCAACUCCCUACGCCGCAGCUCUUCAGCCUCCACUUCCACACAAGCAUCAUACUCAUCUGUUAACACGAUGGGUUCAUCUGCUGCCGCUACCAUCAACAGCGUCAUCUCUCGCCAGCCUUCCCUCUUGAACCUAGAAGCUGAGCGUAAGAGUUUCGGGAGUGAACUGAGUCUCCUCGAGCCCAGGCCCAUUGUCUACUGGGGCAGCGUAGAGGAGCGUAUCGGAUAG